UCAAUAACUUUAAAAGUAUAAUAAUUGAUAUUUUAAUUUUGUUUUAAUAAUGGCCAACAAUUUAACACCUGUAAUACAUAUUGAACAAGGAUUAAUUCGUGGACAAAUUGUUGAUAAUUUAAAAGAUGGUGAAUAUUGGGUGUUUCAAGGUAUACCAUAUGCUGAACCACCGCUCAGGGAGUUGAGAUUUAAGGAUCCCGUUUUACCAAAAUGUUGGACUGGUAUAUUCAAAGCAAAUGUACAACAUGAAUGCUGUGUGUGUCACGACUUUUUUGACUCAAAAGAAAUUAUUGGAACAGAAGAUUGUCUAUAUUUGGAUAUUCACACACCUAAGGAUGUAAUUAACAUUGCUAACCAAGAUCAUUUAAAACCUGUAAUCGUGUUAAUAACUGGUGUAUUUACUUCAAAAUCAAUUUACAAUUAUGAAACCUUUUUAAAGAAUGAUGUUAUUUUUGUUAAUAUACAUUAUCGAACAGGCAUAUUAGGAUUUUUAUCAUUUGAAGAUGAUAAUUUACAAAUAUCAGGAAAUGCCGGUUUAAAAGAUAUCACAAUGGCAUUAAAUUGGAUUAAUGUAAAUAUCUCCAAAUUUGGUGGUGAUCGUAAUAAUGUCACUGUUUUGGGUAUUGGCUUGGGUGCAUCUUAUGCUCAUUUAAUAUCAAUGACACCAAAAGGAAAAAAUUUAUUUAAUAAGUUAAUAUUAAUUAGUGGUUCUGCGAUAUUACCGUGGACAUCAUAUAAGAAACGCACAGACUUAAUAGCAGAGAAAUUAGACUGUAAUUGUAAUGAAGAAUACAAUAUGUACAAAAAAUUACAAUCUUUAACAUCAAGACAAUUAAUCGAAACAUUUUCAGACGUUGAGAAUCUUUAUAGUGUACCUGUAAUUGAAAAAAAGUAUCUUCAAAAUGCAAUCAUAACUGAAGAUCCUACAUUUUUAUUGACAGAGGGCAAAUAUCAACACUUACCAAUAAUGAUUGGUUAUGGUUCGAACGAGGCAUUGUUACUUGAGAAAUUUCAAACAGAAAUUACACCAGAUACUAAUAAUUACGAACUUUUUGUAACACCAGAAUUUAAUGUUAAACGUGGUACACGAUUAUGUAAAGAAAUUGGUAAAGAAAUUAAACAAUUUUAUUAUGGUGAGAGUUUGCCAUCGAAAAGCGAUUUGGAAACGUAUCAUAGGUUAAUCACAGACAUAUUUGUAUUUCGCGGUAUUGAUUCAACAGUUAAAAUAAUUAAGAAAAAAAGUCGAAAAUCAUUAUUUUUAUUCCAAUUUUCAACAAAUGGAAGAUGGAAUUUGUAUAAAAAUUUAAAAAAUAUCUCUCAUAACGGAGCAUGCUAUCCAGAUUUAAUUGGUUACUUAUUUAAAUACCCCGAACAUCCUAUAGUAGAAAAUGACAGUAUGGAAGAAAGAAUACACAGUCAAUUAGUCACAAUGUUUUGCAAUUUUGUUAAAACUAAGGAUCCUAAAGCGAUUGAGGAUGAUUCAUUACCAAUUAAAUGGUAUCCAGUCACAAAAAAAGAUUAUAAUUAUAUUGAAAUUAGUGAUAAUCUAUUAUUAAAAACAAAUCCCGGGAAAAAAACUUGUGAUUUUUGGGAUGAUUUAAAUACAUAUGUAAAAAGUCGUUCUUUUAAAUAAAUUUUAUCGUAACAUUUA